AUGACAACCUCUCAAUACCUUGAACGUACUAAGGAAAUCGUUGAGAGGGAUGAAGAAAUAGAGGUAAAGAGAAAAGGUGUGACUGAAGAUGGUCCAGUAGUGGCAGAGGACAUGCUCAAAAAUGAAGCAAGGGUUUCAAAAGAAACAACACUGAACUCAGGUAACCCGAAUCCUCUGGAUAGUGAAAUAAGUAUAGGAGAAAAUGUAAAUGUGGAUUCUGUAGUUGCUGAGUGUGAGGAAAGGCAGAGUGAACCUUUAAACAAAAAGGAUAUAGAGGGAAAAUCAAAUGUUGAACCUGAAACUGCUGCAUGUGAGGAGGGACAAAGUAGUCCUGUAAUUGCAGAAAAAAUGGCUAAAAAUAUAGAUAAAUUAGGAGAAGAUGUUGAAAAUGCGGGGGUUAGUGAUGACAUUGGACAGGAAUUGUCGAUGGAGAGUGAAAAUGUGAGAGUUGGUUUGGAUAAUGUUGGUGAGAACCUUGAUGACAUUGUCAGAAAAGUUGUGAGUAAUAUUGCUGAGGGAGAGUCUGGGAAAGAUAUUGUUGAAGGGGAGAAUGAGAAAGAGAGUAUAGAAACGCAGGAAAAGCAAAGAGAGACUGAGAAGGAGAAUGUAGAGACUCAGGGGGAACAGGGGAGUCUCGGUAAAACGGAGGUUGUGAAUGAGGGACCUGGUCUGGAAGGAGAAUGUUUGGAUAUUGUACCCCUAUCCACUAUUGCUAUUCCAUGGGAAGGAUCCUCAAAAAUGGAACUUGGUUCCUCAAAACCAUCUGAGAAGGGAAACACAACCAAGAGCAAACAUGUUGCUAAGAAGAAAACCUCUUCACAGCAAAGUAAGAACCGCCCACUGUCAGACCCAGAACUCGAGCACAACUUGACUCUACUCUUCAGUCAAUUAAGAGACGACGAAGAAGUGGUGACUGUGCCGGAGACACAGGAGAAAGAAGAGGAGCAGGAUCCUUUGAAAAGAAAAAACUCUAAAAGAAAAGAAAAAUCUGUAGUUGAAAAGGAGAAAACUAAAGUGAGUGAGGUGGAAAUUAAGAAAGAUGCUACUGAAGUGAACAAGGGGAAGAAAGCUUCUAAGUCCCUAAAGAAAAGGAUGAGCAAUGAAACUGAAGAAGCAGGUUCAUCCAAAAGGAUAAAAGUGAAUGUAAGCAUGGGACCUAGUUCUUCCAAACAACGAAAACUGAGGAAGGAUGAAGAAAAGUUGAGACAUGAAAAUCUGAGAGGACAAAAGGUGUUGCUUGGCAGAGUGUUUGAUCCUGAGGAGGUAGCUGAUUUUAUGGUGAAUCUGCAGUAUACUGAUGACCAUACCUUGGUGUGCAAGGUUGGAAAGGUUGAUUUUACAAUGGAUGAAACUCAGCUGGGAGAAUUUCUGAAUAUCCCAACUGAGGGAGUGAAAAAGCUGGGGAAUGACAAAUAUAUCAAGGCCUCUGAUGACUUCAAAAGCCUUAUAGUCAGGAUAGGAGAGCAGGUGACCACUGAGACACUUUACAAGAAGUAG